CCGGUAAAUACUGUACAAACGACUUAGUAAGAAUCGGUAAUGGUAGAACUCGAGCGUCGUGGAAGAUGCUGCAUCUCCUGUGCUCCAAGAUGAAGAAAAAAUGAUAAAGCUUGUGCAGCGUUUGAGAAUGGUUCAGCCAGUCUGUACAUAGAAACAAAGGUUAACGAUGAUCAUCACACUGUCCGAAAGAUCCAGAACUGGAAUAUUUUUAUGACGGUGUUUCUGUGUUCUCGUGGUCAGUCCAAGAAUGCCACAUGCUGUCAAGUCGGGAAUCUUUCACUGGAAAAAGAAACCGGCUCUUCAGUAUGGCGUCCAGAUGGCGCUGCAAACUAUCGUUUUUUGUAUUUUGUUCUCCGCCCAGCAGCACGAUGGCUCUAUAGGUGGCGUUGCUGUUGCCUACGAGAACUCCAAAAUUUUCAAGGUUGGUGCAGUACUCAGUAACGGUGAUAAUAUUGCUUACUUGUAUCAAGUGGUCGAGGAUAUAACCUAUGAACCUGAUAUCCUGCCACCAGGUGUUACUCUACACGCGGUAUUUAUACCCAUGAACCCAAAUCCUAUUCGUACAGCCCAGAAAGUGUGUGACGAUUUGAUAUCAGCGACGGUACAUGCUGUUAUUAUCAGUCACCCGAAUUCAGGAGAACUCUCUCCAGCAGCUGUGUCAUACACCUGUGGUUUCUAUAAUAUUCCUGUCAUUGGGAUUAGUUCCAGGGAUAGUUCUUUGUCUGACAAGAAUCUUCAUGCAUCCUUUCUUCGGACAGUCCCCCCUUACUCCCACCAAGCAGACGUGUGGAUAGAGCUUCUGAAGUUUCUUCAUUAUAAGUGUGUCGUCUUCAUACAUAGUUCAGAUAAUAACGGAAGGUACACCUUGGGCAGGUUCCAGAAUUUAGCAGAUAAAGCCAAGAUUAAGCUGGACGAUGUCAUCGAAUACGAACCUGGAUUUACAGACAUCAUUCAGGAUUUGGAAAAAACUAAAGAUUUGCAUUGUAGAGUGUUUAUUUUGUAUGCAAACACUGAAGAUGCUGAAUCAAUUUUUCGUGAAGUGGAACAACUGAAAAUGACUAGUUCUGGAUUCAUCUGGAUCGUUUCUGAGCAGGUCCUAAUGGCACCUAAUAAACCAGAUGGUAUAUUAGCACUCACGUUGGUCAAUGCCUUAGAUGUGAAAGGCCACAUCCGUGAUAGUAUUUACAUCAUUGGAUAUGGCUUAGGAGAGCUGAUCACUAAAGAAAACAUCACGAGUGCCCCAGAUAGUUGUGGGACUGUCGGAAGAGCUUGGGAAACUGGAAAAAAAUUUGUAGAGUACCUAAAAGCCCAAAAACUUCCUGGAAAAACAGGAAGAGUAGCCUUUGAUGAGAAGGGAGAUCGUCUUAACAGUGACUAUGAUAUUGUAAAUGUUGUAGAUGGCGAGACCGUCAAAGUUGGAGAUUACGUAUACUCUAAGUCUCAAAUGGACCUGAAACUCAACAUUAGCGACAUCAGAUGGCCUGGAAACCAAACAACAAAGCCUCUAGGGUAUAUCGUCCCUACCCAUUUAAAGGUGGUCACAUCUGAAGAAGAACCUUUCGUAUGGGCCAGACCCGUUGAAAGCGAUGAUGAAUGCAGUGAAGAUGAAAUCCUCUGUCCACGCGCUAACAGUUCAUUGCAACAAACCUACUGUUGCCGGGGUUACUGUAUGGAUUUACUGAGAAAACUGGGAAAUGAUUUGAACUUUACCUAUGAUCUUUAUCAAGUCGAAGAUGGCCAGUUUGGCAGUUUCGAAUACGUUAAUGGAUCUAAGAAGAAAUACUGGACUGGGAUGAUGGGAGAUCUAGUGUACGAAAAAGCAGACAUGAUUGUUGCCCCUCUCACUAUCAAUCCUGAGCGAUCCCAAGUUAUUGAAUUUACUAAACCUUUCAAAUACCAGGGAAUCACCAUACUUGAGAAAAAGCAACCGAAAAGCUCCACGCUAGCCUCAUUUCUUCAACCGUUUGAACAAACACUCUGGAUUUUGGUUAUGGUUUCCGUCCAUGUUGUUGCAUUAGCGUUGUACCUAUUAGACAGAUUUAGUCCGUUUGGCCGCUACAAAUUACCCAACAGUGACGCUACAGAGGAAGACGCUUUAAACCUGUCCAGCGCCAUCUGGUUUGCAUGGGGAGUGUUACUAAACAGUGGCAUUGGAGAAGGCACCCCUCGAAGCUUCAGUGCCAGAGUCUUAGGGAUGGUGUGGGCAGGAUUCGCCAUGAUUGUUGUAGCUUCUUAUACUGCCAACUUGGCUGCGUUCCUCGUUUUGGAUCGUCCAGAGACAUCACUUACUGGGAUUAAUGAUGCCCGGCUUCGUAAUCCCUUGGAAAACUUCACUUACGCCACAGUAAAGGGAAGUGCAGUCGAUAUGUAUUUUCGACGCCAGGUGGAGCUUUCCAAUAUGUACCGAACUAUGGAAGGAAAGAACUACGACACAGCAGAAGAAGCCAUUGCUGCUGUUAAAUCCGGAGAACUGAAUGCUUUCAUCUGGGAUUCUUCUCGAUUGGAGUAUGAAGCUGCUCAAGACUGUGAUCUGGUAACAGCAAGGGAACAGUUCGGCCGGUCAGGCUACGGAAUAGGCUUACAGAAGAAUAGCUUCUGGGCUGAUCAAGUUACUCUGGCUUUGUUAGAGAUGCAUGAAAGUGGCUACAUGGAGGACUUGGACAACAAAUGGAUAUUGUCUGGGGGUGACAAAUGCGACAACAAACAUGAGAAGUUUCCUGCUACUCUUGGUUUAAAGAACAUGGCGGGGGUUUUUAUUUUAGUCGGUGCGGGAAUUGUUGGAGGUGUAGGCCUAAUCAUCAUUGAGAUCAUCUACAAAAAACAUCAGACUCGUAAACAGCGCAGAAUGGAAUUAGCUCGUCAUGCUGCUGACAAGUGGAGAGGGACUGUAGAGGAAGAUGAACCACACCCCAUACCUUUUGUCCCACCCCCUUCUCCUUUCCUGACAAACGAACGCUCUCCAUCCCCCAUUAUUGCAAGACCUUUAGCUAAAGACAGCCUACAGGAAACAAGACAAAAGUCCCCUUAUCGUUACUCAGAGUUGUGGAAGCGACAAUCUGAACUAGGUAGGGUUCUACUUUCUUUAUUUUUUUAUACUUUCAGUGUUACUUUGUUCUUGGUAUAAACAUUGUCGUUAUUUAAUUUUAUGUUAAUUUAUUUAAUAGAUUUACGUUAUUCAAAUUUUACUUUUUUUGCAUUUCAGCAUUUACCUUUGUUUUUAUGUUUUCACAUUUAGGUUACCACGGUAAUUAUUCGUUACUUAACUUUAGUAGCUCUAGGGGAUAUGAUUUUGAAAGCUCCGCUGUUCUAAUUCAAAGCACAGCAAAACAAAACCAGUGAAACUGAUCGACAUGCUUAUCAUUUAAAACCACGAGGAGUUAUUUCCCAUAGAUCCUUCAUUUUAUUGAACGACCAACUGCGCUAGCUCCAACUGGUUAUAAGUAUUUACUUCCCUUUAUGUCGCUGAUCUGUUCCAUUUCACAACAUGGAUGUCAUUUUUUCACACAGAGUUUUAAUUGUGAAUAUCAAGGGAACCACAUUAAUCACUUUGUUUAAUUAAAGGUGCUAACUGCGAUAAAACAAUGUUAUUAUAUAACAAACCGUAUUCUUAUACAUAUAUGUUCAUUUAUUUUAAGUCGAAAAUGAUCGCACAGUGACUAAAAAUGUCGAGCAAUUGAGCUCAAAAUUAGAGAAAUAGCUGAACUACUUGAUAAGCUGUACAAAUUUCACUUCGCAAACGGGAAGCUAGCAUGAAAAACUUCUGUCGAAAGAAGAGAGUUUCGACUUUCAAUUUUUAAAUUUCACGGUUUUAAAUUAUAUGUACAAAUAGCUGUCACUAUAUAUGUAUACCGUGUGACAGUUACGUAUAUCUUACUGCCAUCAAUUAUAAAUGCCAUUGUCACAUCUAGGAGAUUUAGCUUAGUCCUAAAUCCAUAUACUAAAUUAAUAAUGAAAA